ACUGAGCAUGCGCUGAGGGUCGGCUCCUGCUGCACAUGCGGUGUGUGAAGUGAAGGGGGUUUCCGGGGAGAGCACUACUGAGCAUGCGCAGAAGCUACCGUUCCCUGCGCAGCCGGCCGGCUCCUGUUGCGCAUGCGCUGUGUGAAGGGAGGGCUUUUCCAGCGCGAGCAUGCGCAAAAGCGGUGCCAGGUCUGGGCCGUUGGAAAGGAGCUGAGUUGAUGAUCCCUGAGCCAGCCCGGACCCUAGUGCCUGCAGUGCAGGCCCGUGCACCACCAGCCUGGCCUGCACCAUGCAAGGAGGCGCAAAGUACAGGGCAAGAAGUGCCCUGCCCUAGGAGCAGCCCCCAAACUGCUGGGUCAGCAGAGACCCCAGGGCUGGCUGCUCCUGGGGCUCACAAAGACGGUCCAAGGUGCAAUCCCAGGCCCCUUACCAGGAGGUGCAAACCUUUGCAGGGGUAAAGGGAGCCCCUGGUGCCAGCCAUCACACGGCCAGUGGGGCAGGGGCAGGCCCCGUGCACCCAGCACAGGGUAGGGGCAGGGCUCGUGAGCCCAGCACGGGUCCUGCCCCGGGGCAGUUACAGACCGCACACGAGAGCCAGGUGAUCAGGACACCUCCACUCGCUCGCACUUGCAGCAGCACCCAAAAUGCAGCCAUCUCUGGAGUGGGCAGCAGUGGGGACGGAAGAAACACAGCCCCAGGCUCCUCACUGCAGAUACUCUUGUGCGCAGAGGACUCGCCUGUCAUGACGGGCAGUUGCUGGGCUCGCAGCCGGACGUCCAGCUCACACCCCCUGCACCCAGUUCCUAGAAACGGCCCCUUGCCAGCUUCUACAGAGCGGGAGGGGCAUCUGCACGUGGCACUCGGGGCUGCUGGGGAGCCCUCAGCCGACACCUGAAGCGGCAGGGGACGGAGAUCGAGUGGCGCAGGUGUCCUCCGGGUUUCCCUAUCAAAGGAGAGUGAGUGCAUGGGGACGGACACUCAUGCCCCCAGGGAUGCUACUUGGCUGGACUAGGAUCCUCCUCUUCCUUUUCCCCCCUGGGUGCUGGUUUUGGCCACCCCAGAUUUACAAGAAGCAGCGAGCGACCCCACCACAAAGCGACCAGCCGGGCCCUACAUCCCAUUGUCCUUUCCCAAAGCACCGUCUCCAUGGCAACAGAACAAACAGCAGCUCCGGGCUGGCCGGCUCGGCGCAGUGCAGCCCGUGGACCGAGCUCCAGCGUGUGGCUGUGGCCAUGGCCUUCUUUGGGCUCACCCUGCUGGGGUACCAAGAGCCCUUUCGGGCCUGGAGGCGGGAGCUGGCGGCAGACAGGAAGGAGCCGGCCGGCGCGGGACCAUUCCUGCCCAAGCUGCUGCCACUCCGGCCAGGUGGCACCGUGCACCAGGGCCGUGAGGACGUGUGUGGCCAGCCCACCCGGCGUGUCCGGCGCGCAACACCCCCCAACCAAGUGUACAGGGUGCCCCUGACGUGCGGCCAGGACCUCGGCUGGUGGCUGCCCCGGGACCCAGCCUUGCGCCCAGAAGAGAUGAUGCCGUGGAUGGUGGUGCCUAGGCGCCCACUGGUGUGGAGCCCUGUGACCAGGUUCGUGGACAGCAUGAGCCUGAGCAACCCCCACUUCAGCCUGUUCUGAGUGCUACAGGGCACUGCCACUCCAGCCCCAGCCAUGGGCCAGGCCCUGGUGUGGCCACUCGUGUACAGCAAUAAACUACUUUCCUUGC